CAUCCCACUUGGUUGUAGUACUAAAAAUGAGACCAAAGGAGUAUUAAGCUUGUGUUUAAAUGCAAUAAUAAUACCUUUCACCUAAAUUCGGGAAUGGGGGCAUCGGAGUUCCCCACCCUCUCCUGCAUUUUCCCUGUUCCCAACUUCACGUGAUACUGACUAAUUUCUUCCCAGUACACUUUUGGACAGUUGCAUUUCAGCAUCCAUUUGCAUUUUUUUCUUUUUUUUCCCCCUUUCAAUUUUCAUCUACUCAUCUUCAACCCCACCCUUAUUAUCUAUCCAUCAUCACAUGGAAAUAUAUGUACUUAAUUACUGACAUUCAACAAUACGCAAAACAAAAGCAGUCACCUUUCUUCAAGAUUAUGAGAACAGAUUUGAUGUUUCUGAACAACAAUGUGGUUUCUUUCUUGGCAUUGUUGUGGCUAUGUUUCUCAGCUACUUUUGUUGUUUCUUCUUCUUCUUCUUCUUCAUCCGAUGUUACAGCACUGUUAGCUUUCAAAUCGAAAGCUGACCUGAAGAACAAACUCUGGUGGCCAAUUCCCAGCUCCAACGGGAGCUCUGUUUCUUCUUCCUUCUGCAAAUGGACUGGAGUUUACUGCUCGGAUGCCAAAGUGGUUCGUUUUGUUAUUGAAGGGAUGAAUUUAGGUGGGAUUUUCGCACCUCACACAUUGAGCCAGUUGGAUCAGCUCCGAGUUCUGAGUCUUCAGAACAACUCGUUGUACGGUCCAAUCCCUGAUCUUUCCGGUUUAGUUAACCUCAAAGCUCUGUUUCUCUCCCACAAUUACUUCUCCGCCUCAAUCCCGCCUUCCGUUUCUGCUCUCCACCGUCUCAAAACCCUUGACCUCUCCAACAAUCACCUCACCGGCGAAAUCCCGGAGUCGUUUAACGGUUUGGAUCGCUUGUUCAUGCUCCGUCUGGAAUCAAAUUGGCUGAAUGGUUCAAUCCCGGUUUUGAAUCAAUCCUCCCUUCACAUAUUCAACAUUUCUAAUAACAGCCUCACCGGCCCAAUUCCGGUUACUCAGACUCUGUUACGGCUGGACCCAUCGUCGUUCUGGUGGAACCCGGGGCUUUGCGGAGAAAUUGUUCAUAAGGAAUGCCGGGAAAUGCAGCAUUUUUGGGGCCACUCUUCGCCGGCGCCGCCUCCGCCGGUAACUUUAGUAUUGGGCCAAACUUCGCAAUUACAUCACGGGAAUGUUGAAUUAAGUCAAUCUGCGGCGAACAAGAAAACCCACCGGAAUGUUGCGCUGAUAAUCGGGUUUUCAAGCGCCGGGUUCAUUUUCCUCUGUUCGUUAAUCUGUUUUGCUAUCGCCGCCACAAGGAAGAAGCAUAGAAGAAAAAGUUCCACCUCAAAGGACAUCGUCUUAGGGGAAUCGACAUUAACCGCCGAAGUGGAGGCGGUGUUGAGGAUUGAACGGGAAAAUUACGAACUGGAAGAGAAAAUCAAGAAGGUCCAAGAGGGAAUGCAGAUUGCCGGGAUGGGGAGAAGCGGGAGUCUGGUUUUCUGCGCCGGCGAGCCACAGUUGUUUACGCUGGAGAAGCUGAUGAAGGCAUCGGCGGAGUUGCUGGGAAGAGGUACUUUAGGCACCACGUAUAAGGCGGCGAUUGAUAUUGAUACCCGUUUGAUUGUCUGUGUGAAGAGAUUGGAUGCAGCCAGAUUGGCCGGAACAGGUAAAGAAGCGUUUGAAGAACACAUGGAAUCGGUGGGUUGUUUGAGGCAUCCAAAUUUGGUUCCACUCCGGGCGUAUUUUCAGGCCAAAGAAGAACGGCUUUUGGUUUAUGAUUUCCAACCCAAUGGCAGCCUCUUCUCAUUAAUUCACUGUUCCAAGUCGGCAAGGACAAAAUCACUGCAUUGGACAUCAUGCUUAAAAAUAGCGGAGGAUGUAGCUCAAGGACUCUCCUACAUUCACCAAGCUUGGAGGCUGGUUCAUGGCAAUCUCAAGUCUUCCAAUGUACUACUAGGAUCCGAUUUCGAAGCCUGCCUAACCGACUACUGCCUGUCAGUCCUGGCUAAUUCUGUCCCAACCGGCGAACAACAGCUGGAUUUUGCAGCCUACAAAGCUCCGGAAACUCUCAACUCCCACGACCAAUGCCAUGCUGCAACAUCAAAGUCUGAUGUUUACUCAUUCGGGAUUCUUCUAAUCGAGCUUCUAAGCGGGAAACAUCCAUCUGAGCAUCCAAAUGUACAAGGAUCUGAUGACCUGAUCAAAUGGGUGAAAUCUGUUAGGGAGGAAGGAAAUGGAGAAGAAUGUAACAAUAACAAAGUAGAUAUGCUUGUUGAGGUGGGCAUAGCUUGCAGUAUGAACUCUCCUGACCAACGGCCGACAAUGUGGCAAGUAUUGAAAAUGAUACAAGAGAUUAAAGAGGCAGUGGUUAUGGAGGAUUAAUAAUUAAGUCGAAUUGGCCUCUUCAUUUGCUAGUAACUCAUUAUUAGCCAUUGGUAUCUCGUAUUGUACAGUACUAAGUAGAAGAAAGGACAUAACAAUCAUUCUUUGUUUUUUUUUUUUUUUUGAAAAGGACAAACAUUCUUUGUUAUCAUAUGCCAUAAUGUAAGAAUAUGUGUCUGCAGCAAUACGGUCUGCAAGCACAGUAGAUGGAUCUUUUGCGGGUAUUACUGAAAGUAUCCAUCACAUUUAGCACUUUACCAACUUUUCUCGUUGUAAAGUUGCAUUUUAGCUAAGUUUUCAGGGACUAAACAGAAGAUAAUCAAGAGAACUGUGAGCACAGGAGAUUCAUACAACAUUCCCUUGCAAAUAUUAUAAUCAAU